AUGGCUUCCAAGUGGUUGUUGACGUGCGUCUCAGUUGCCGUGCUGCUGUGCAGCGUAGCGGCCAGGCCAGAGUCGGGAGGAAAAUAUCACGAGAAGGCGGACGGCAAUUACCUGCUGGUAGUCAACAAGGAUGGCAAAGCGCCGUUCGGCGGUAAGGUCAUUCAGAACGCCGCCUCGGUCACCGUGAGCGGCAACCUCAUGGUGGUGGUCAACGGACCCGUGAACGCGGCCGCUCAGUCGGUCGCCCAGCAGAUCGGCGGUUUCUGGCAGGAUCUGGUGAUUCGCGGCAGCGAGGCCGUCUUGGUGCACGGCAACUUGAUCCUCGUCACCGGCGGACCCAACAAUCAGGCCAACGCCAACGACCUGUCGCUCAUUCCCGUGUCGCACGACGCCCAAGUCGCCGACGGAACCAGAAUCGAGGUGAACGGUGUGAAUUUCGUCGUGGUCGGCAACAUCAUCGGCGACGCCAAGGCCAAGAAAUUCAUCCUGGAGAAACUCAAGGCCCAGGCCGAGGCCGCGGCCCAGAGUAGCGCCGAGGCUAAGGCCGCGGCCGAGGCGGAAGCUCGAGCCAAGGCGGCUGCAGAAGCUGCGGCCCGGGCCGCUGAACAGGCCCAAUCUGAAGCAGCCGCGAAAGCCGCUGCCGCUGCAAAAGCCGAGGCCGAGGCAAGGGCCAAGGCCAAGGCAGCCAGUGAGGCCCAAUUGAAACUUCAACAGGAAGCCGAUGCCCGAGCAGCCGCCGAGGCCCAGGCUUCCGCUGCCGCUAGCGCCCAAGCUAGCGCCAGAGCCGAGGCCCAGGCUCUCGCGGCCGCGGCUGCGAAGGCUAGGGCCCAGGCCGAAGCCGCUAGCGAGGCCCGAGUUCAGGCAGAAGCUGCCGCCCGGGCAGCAGCCGCUGCUAAAGCCGAAAGUAGCGCCAGAGCAGAAGCUCAAGCUCAGGCAGAAUCGAACGCCAGAGCAGUAGCCGAGAGUCAAGCCAAGGCUGCCAGUGAGGCUUCCGCUAACGCGAGCGCCGUAGCCCAGGCCACGGCAUCCGCCCAGGCAGCCGCCGACUCAACCGCCAGCGCCAGUGCCCAGGCAAGCGCAACCGCGGCCGCCCGAGCAAGCUCGGAAGCUCGAGCGAGCGCCGAAGCUAGCUCAAGAGCCAAGGAAGCCGCCAGGGCCCAGUCCGAGGCCGACGCAGCUGCUCGCGCGCAAGCCGUAGCCGCCGACGAAGCCGACAAAGCCGCCGAAGAUCUCAAGAAGUGCCAGCAGAGAGCCGACGAAGCCGCGGCCGCCGCCGAUCAAGCCGACGCGGCUUUGGCCGAAGCCGAAGCUCUGGUGAAAGCAAAAGUGACAGCAGCGGCCGAGGCUAAUGCCAGAGCCGUGAUCGAAGCAGAAGCCGCGGCCCAAGCAGAAUCAGAAGCUCGAGCUGCCGCGGAAGCUCUGGCAAUAGCUUCAUCGAAGGCCCAAUCCUUAGCCGAAGCACGUGCCGAAGCAGAAGCUCAUGCCCAGGCCCAGGCCCAGAUUGCAGCUAAGGCCCAAUCCGAUGCUCGAGCGGUCGCGGAGUCGAGGGCACAGGCCGCAGCCGAGGCUCGGGCCCAGGCCGAGGCUCACGCCCAAGCUGUGGCAGCAGCCGAGAGUGCGGCCCAAGCAGAAGCUCGUGCAAAGAGUGCAGCUGCCGCAGCCGCGCAGGCUGCCGCAGACGCAGAAUCUAGGGCCCAGGCCCAAGCCGAGGCCGCUGCCAGAGCUGCCGCUGCUGCCCAGGCACAGGCAGCCUCAGAGGCCCAGGCCCAAGCAGCUGCAUCCGCCCAAGCGAAAGCUGCCGCCCAGGCCCAGGCCACCGCAUCCGCCCAGGCCCAGGCAGUAGCAAUCGCAAAAGCGAAAGCAAACGCGGCUGCCAGAGCAAAAGCCCAAGCAGAAAGUGUAGCUUCCGCCAGCGCGAAAGCAAGCGCAAUCGCCAAGUCAAAAGCUCAAUCUCUAGCUGUCGCCGAAGCUAGCGCCCGGGCCGAAUCUUUAGGUAAUGCCCAGGCGGACGCCCGCGCCAAAAGUGAAGCUGAUUCUCGCGCCAAGAGUCAAGCCGAAGCCGAUGCCAGAUCACAGGCCGAAGCCGCUAUCGCUAACGCGGUAGCCGCCGCCAGAGCUAAGGCCCAAGCCGAGGCCCAAGCGAAAGCUAAGGCUAAAGCUGCUGAAGCUGCCAAAGCCGCCGCCGCUGCAUCCGCCCAGGCCCAGAGCGUGGCUAACGCAGUAGCUGCCGCCAAAGCUCAGUCCAAGACCGCAGCCGCCGAAGCUAAAGCUACCUCCGACGCCAAGGCCCAGAAGAAGGCCCAGGCCGACGCCGCGGCCCAGGCCAAGGCCAAGGGAGACGCUAUCUCGAAGGCCAUCGCCAACGCUUUGUCGAAGCAAAGCGCCCAGGCCAACGCCAACACGCAAUCGAUCUCGAAGACCGGAGACGCCAUCGCCUCCUCGGUGUCGUCGGCCAUAGCCGGUAACAAAUUCUUCGACGACGACGAUGACGACGACGAUUACGAUUAUUAA